UGGCAGAUAGUCUAUUGAAACUUGGCAGCAGGGGAAACCUUCUUGGAAGGGGUAAAGGAGAUGUUCGUAGACGAGGAGGAGGAUUUCGGUGAUGAGGAGGACGGGGACAAGAUAGAGGACUGAGACUUCUGAAGGGGGGGACUUACUCGGGGAGAACGGGUUGUCAACCAUAUGCAAGUAGGGAGCAAUGAACCGGGAACUCGAGCCAUGGGAUUGUACAUGGGAACCAAGACGAAUCAGAAGGGGAGUAGAGAUGUCAGUACCGCCGAGCUAUGAAUGGAAGGGGACCACAUGUGAUUGGCGGGGGUAUGAGAUUGUGUCGGAGCUAUCGUACCUAUGGAUAGAGCGAGUCUGGAACCCGUUGAGGGAAGAGGAAGGAUGGGAAGAGAUUGCAGAAGGGAGGGUGGAAUCAAUCGGGACGAUUGUUCUCUCCGAACAAGGUUGGCACCUGUUCUGCACAACGCUCGCGGCAGGACAGGACCCGAUGUGGCUUUUAGGGGACGCUGAGGCAAGGGCUCGACAGGCGGGGGAAAGGUUUGCUAACAAGGGUUGGGAUACGGUCAGCAGUAGAGUCGUGAUGGGAGGAAGGAAGGAAUUUAAACCGCCUGGCACCCGAACCAAGAUCUGGGUGCCGGAGUUCGUGGCGGACUGGUUUGGGGGCUUUGAACAUGUAACAGAGGUGGCAGACACGAUGGAACGAACACACGUGGACUGCGCAUGGCUGGCAGAGGAAUUCUAUAGGACGUCCUUGAAAUUCAGGCCCUUCCACGGCGAUAGAGCCCGGGACGUUCUUAUCAUUUUGGAAAUCGAAAGGAAUGACAGACAGGAGGUGGCCCCGGAAACUAGGGAGGCCAUAAUCCGCCGUGAGGUGGCAGCAACACCCUGUUAUGUGGACAAUGUGUUCAAACUGUUCGAAGAGCCGUGGGGCCAGGCAAAUAUGGGAAAAAUUGCAAAGAUAAGGGAAUGGGAUGUCUGGUCAUUGGUAGGUAAAGGGAUGGCGUUGGAAGAAGAGGCUGAGGAACUGCGAAGCGAAGGAAGUCAGGGCACGGGUAGGGGUACGGAACGAAACGAAGCGUCAGUAAAGGAUCGAGAGUCAGCGAAACCAGAGGGAACUAGGGAAGAUGGGAAGGAUCUUUCGACGGGCGAAAGUUCAGGGAAAGCCGGGGGUAGCAAAAGAGGACCUCAGGAAAAUAGGGCAGGAAGGGACAACGAAAGGGCGAGUCUUCGAAACUCCGGGGGAACCACGCCCAAGAAAAUGAAAGUCUCGGAUGCACGCCGUGAGGAACAACUGACCAGAGACGAUAUUGAGAAGAUAGAUCGGUAUAGAUUUGUGUCAAUGGGGUACUUCUUGGCAGAGUAUGAGCACGCAUCGCGUAAGGUCUGGACACUGUCAGAACAUAACAAAUGCUUUGUCUUCCUCAUGAACUUCACGAAUGCAGAACAACGAGAUUUGAUUCGUGGAGCAGAAGGGAGACUAGUAUGGAAUAAGAUUCGACAGAACCUUGAACAGAAGGAUUUCGACCAGUACCUCUGCCAUACUCUGCGGGAAGCGAGGAAAAGAAAGAAGGCGCUGGAUAGUGAGAAGAGUGAGCUUGAAAAGGGGUUGAGUGAUUCUGCAGUAGGCACCUCUGAUGCUAAGAAAGUUGGAUCCCAGAAGGACGCCGAGAACGUCAGGCGAAAUCACAGGUGGAGCAGAGAGAAGAAAAAUGAGUCGGGAGGUGAGAGAAAAGAGAUACCGGCUAAAGUAAGAGUUGUUGCAACCCAUACCUGUGAGAGAACGCUUGAUGCUCCAGACGAGAAGGGAAUAGAGGAGCAAAGAGUUCUGGGGGGAGUUGCUAUAACCCUGCCGCACACUGCAUCCAAUCUUGAUAAGGAGUGUGAUGACAAAGGAACAUCGUCAGUUUCUAAUCCGGGUUACGAGAGGAAGGCGGCAGGCGAGAUUGCAACCCGUAAGACCGCAGCAAGACUCUGUGGGGAGUCAGCCCACCAAUUGCGGGAGCUCUGCCGGAACUCAGGAGGAGUUCUGGAGGCAGGGAAUUGUAAGGCAAAUGAGGCAUCAGAGAUUGCUAGCUCAAGCAGAAGGAUUGAGGAAGGAGUCGGUCCGCUGAUGGACGACACUGCUGAGACCAACGCUCAACCGAUCUCACAAUCAGUCCAACAUAUGAAAAUGCCAACAAGUACAAAAAACCAACCAAAGCCGCGCAGAGGAUACCAUACCCUUAACCUGCCCCGCUUGUACGCCAGGCACACUGCCCGACGAAAGGAGAGAAUGAAGAAAUUAGGCCAACACAAGUUGCACCAAUGGGUGAAGAUUGUUGACAGGCUAUGCUGUCUUCUCUUGCUUAUAUCCUAUAUCAUUGCGACAAUCCGCAUAUUCCGAGGAAACAUGUUCAAGAAGUGAGGGAACAAGAAAGAAGAAUCAUCUUUGAGAAUGUGUCGAGAUGAUUUUUUUCAGAAUAAUUAUGGAGAAAGAGGAGAGCGCAGCACAGGCAUCUAGUGUCAUCAGCACCGUAAAGAAAAUUGUCUUCACUUCCCAAGGUUGUGAUUCAUUCACCAUCAUCAUCUUGAGCUGCUCUCUUCAGCUUCGUCAAGUUGUAUUUUGGCUGUGCCCCGCCCAAGGUAACCGUUCUUUUUCAGUCUCUCAGAAGAAGUUAGGUGGGUUGUCAUUCUCCUAAAAAACACUCUCCCUAACUAAUAUCCCAUCUCUCUUAUGCACUGUCUAUUAGCAAAAAAAACGAAGGAUUCUGAACUUCAAUUGACACAUUGACUACGUUGUGGAAAACAGCGAACGAAAUGCGGCUAACGGUUGAGGGCGAAGAAGCCCAAGUUAACAAAAGGACCGAAGGCAGUUUCGUCGGCGUGGAGCACACGCUUCGAUUCCUGCCCAAAAAGCGAACGAGAUGAGGAUAACAGCGGCGAUCUUGCAAGUAUUGAGGGGGGAAGAAGCCCAAGUUAACAAACGGACCGAAGACAGUUUCGUCGGCGUGGAGCACACACUUCGAUUCCUGCCCCAACUCUCCUCCUCUCCCCCCCCCCCCCCCCCCCCCCCCCCCCCCCCCCCCCCCCCCCCCCCCCCCCCCCCCCCCCCCCCCCCCCCCCCCCCCCCUCCUUCCCCCUGCUAGUAUUUUCAUGCCAUUGUGUUGGCUGAAUGUAUAGCAGACUUCAAACUUCAAUCUUCCAACAUGUUCCGAUCGUUAAACACUACCGGUUGAGGGUUUUGGAGAUUUUGGAGGUGUUUGUACUUGUAGUGUGGAAGAGUAGCAAAGGUGGCUGUGUACGACGGGUAUUGGGGUGCCACCCCAAAGCUGUGUACGACCGGUAGGGGGGUGCCAUCCCAAAAGUUCUUCCUCGGUCUCUCAGAAGGUAGGUGGGUUGUCAUUCUCCCAGGAGCCAAUCUUAGUGUCUUUGUAAUAUCCCAUCUCUGGUGUGGAGUCUAUUAGCGGAGAAAGAAGGAUUCUGAACGUCAGUGGAGACAUGGACUACGGCGAAAAAGGGAGAAAGGAGGGGGGUAACAAUGGUGAUCUUGGAUGUGUUGAGGGGAAGGAAGGCAAAUGUGUUGAGGGGAAAGAAGGCAAAGGGACGACAAGGACGGAAGGCAGGGUCGGUGUGGAGCACAAGUCUUAGAUUGGAUUCCUGGCCCAACUUUCCAUCCUGCUAGUAGUUUCAUGAUAACCUUGGCAUGUUUCUUUUGCAAUUUUCUGAAUGAUUUGAUUGUUUUUUUUUGUAGAAUCAAUGUAGAUUAGUAUUUACUAUUUUAGUAUUUACUAUUUUAGUAUUUACUUUUUUUUUUUUUUUUUUGAGCGUCAGUGCAGUUCCUAUUUCACCGGCAAGUCAAAAAAACAAUUCACAGUAUCAACAGACUCACGCAUCCUUCCGUCUUUCAGCCGAAGGAUCCCUGAUCAGCAUUGAUUGCUCCAGUUGUAUGGAGGAUUGACUGUCAGCUUGCCUUGCUUCCACCUUUCCUCUUGGGUCUAUCUAACUAGGACCUGUCAUAUUUAUCUCGAAGCACAAGAAAGGGACAAUCAAAGGGGGGACAAUCAAAGGGACAGACAGUCUUCACAUUUUUCCGCGCUUGUAGGUUCACAGCCUAAUGCUUUUUUUUUUUUUUUUUUUUUUUUUUUUUUUUUGAAUGCUAUGAUCCUUGUUUGGGCAAAUAAUAUAGGACCACUUGAAGGACUUACAUACUCAACUAAAUUACGAGCUCUUCUGUAAAUAAAGACUAGUUCUUUCCAAAUCAAUAAGCUUGCAAAAU